CAUUGCAUUUUUUCCCCUAAUUUAAUUAUGUUUUAACUAUAUCUGCCUUUUAAAUCUGCUGUUUGUCUAGUUAGUUAUUCAGAGCCUGUGCUCUCGGUUUGCAAAACUGCUGCUUAGAUGGCAGGAGCCUGGGCAAGAGCCUGCCUUUCUUUAAGAAGAAAGGAGGAAAGAAAGAAAGAAAGAGAAAGUCUUUCAGAAGAACGCAGUUGGUGAGAAGGGAGCAUCCAAAAUAGGCGCUGGCUUCCCCCGCGUACUGUUAAGCCUUUCGUACAGGUGGACAGCCAGGGCUGGGUGCCAAAUUCUUUUGGUUUACAGGGAGUGGUGGGAAGGAAUCCUUCAAACCGCUCCUAGAAGGGCUUAACUUUCCUCUUUCAAAUGAGGGACAAGCUACUACGUUCUGCUGCAGACGCUCGGGGAGAAUGCUUUUUUGCAGAUGUCUUUCUAAAACAGAGCAGCACGUUUUUACGACUGAAGGCUCCAGGGGAAAGGAGGAGGAAAGAGUUGCGGAGGGCUCUAAGUGAGAAUAUGGCCAAUGGCAUUGAAGACCUUAUAGGGAUCCCAUUCCCAAACCACAGCAGCGAAGUCCUUUGCGGCUUAAACGAGCAGCGACACAACGGCCUCCUCUGCGAUGUCAUCCUCAUUGUCCAGGACCAAGAAUACAGGACCCACAAGUCCGUCCUGGCUGCCUGCAGCCAAUAUUUUAAGAAACUCUUCACUACCGGCACUUUAGCAGACCAGCCCUAUGUUUACGAGAUUGACUUUGUUAAGCCUGAAGCACUUUCGGCAAUCCUCGAGUUUGCCUAUACCUCGACCCUCACCAUCACCACCUCGAACCUCAAGCACAUCCUCAACGCGGCCAGGAUGCUGGAGAUCCAGUGUGUCGUCAAUGUCUGCCUAGAAAUCAUGGAGCCCAGUUUGGAGGAGGGAGACGAGAGGGAAGAGGAGGAAGAUGAAGAGGACGAUGAGGAAGAAGAAGAGGAGGACGAGGAAGAAGAGGACGUGGGAGACUUCGCAAACCAGAACCUAACAGACGUCCAAGACGUCGGCUGCCACCAAAGUCCUUCCAAAUCUGACCUCGCAGAGGAAGCUUACUCUGAGAGACCAAGUGGGUUCUCCAACCAUUUUCAGGCCAACAGCUCCAAUGGCUCCUUGGGCGUGAUAAGAGACUUCUCCAUUGAGUCCCUCCUAAGGGAGAACUUGUACCCUAAAUCUAGCAUCCCAGAACGGAGGCCGGCUCUGUCUCCCUUUGUCCCCGACCUCUUCCCGCACUUGUGGAACGGAGACUUUGGCGCCUUUUCCCAGGUGGAGGAGCAGCAGGUGGACAAUGGCCCCUUGGAUCUAGUCAUCCGGAAGAGAAAGAUCAAGGAGGAGGAGAAGGAGGAGGAGCCCUCUCCCGCCCCGUUCCCCAGCGACCUCUUCAAGGACAUGUUUGCCAACAACCCGGUGGCCCAUUUGGGGCACAUCAAGGCGGAGAAUGAUUACGGAGCCUACCUGAACUUCCUCAGCGCCGCCCACUUUGGGGGAGUCUUUCCUCGGUGGCCGGAAGAGAGGAAGAUCAAGCCCAAGGCUUCCCAGCAGUGCCCCAUCUGCAACAAAAUAAUCAUGGGAGCCGGGAAGCUGCCGCGGCACAUGAGAACCCAUACGGGGGAAAAGCCAUAUAUGUGCAAUAUCUGUGAAGUCCGAUUUACCAGGCAAGACAAGCUGAAGAUCCACAUGAGGAAGCACACGGGAGAAAGGCCCUACCUCUGCAUCCACUGCAACGCCAAAUUCGUCCACAACUACGACCUGAAGAACCACAUGCGUAUCCACACGGGCAUCCGCCCUUACCAAUGCAAGUUCUGCUACAAGAGCUUCACCCGCUCGGACCACCUGCACCGCCACAUCAAGCGCCAGAGCUGCCGGAUCUCCCGGCCCAGGAGGGGGCGCAAGCCGGCCACCUGGAGAGCGGCCAGCUUGCUGUUUGCGCAGAACGGCCAGCCAGACGACAAGAGCUUCCUGGUGCCUCCGGCCCUUGAGCAGAUGAGCAGCCACCUUGGCAGUGCGGCCAUGUGCCUUCCGGGCCCCAGCCCUAAGCAUUUUAUGGACGGGGCCAAGAACGCUCUGAAUUUGCAAGAGCUGGAGAGCCAGUUUGAGGAAACUCAAAUGAAGCUGUUUGGGCGGACACACCUGGACGUGGAGAGGAACGGAGGCCUCUUUGCCUUCGCGCUGGGCCACAAUGAGAGCCUCUCGGCCCGGCCGUAUUUCUCCCUUCCCGACCCCUGGGGGACGGGGUUCAAUGGACUGGCGGGACUCAACCACCUUGCUCCCAUUUCCGAAGCGAGCAACUAAGUGCCACCUUCUAUCCAAUGGAUGGUUUUGGCCCUCUUCAGCACUGCUUGGCUCCCUCUGGUGAAGGGACCUUUCAAGGGUCAAAUACUUUUUUUUCUUACUGGAAGACUGUUUAAAUCCCCCCCCCCCAAAAAAAACCUGCCUGCGUUUGUUUAAAACCCACCAAAAGACUUCUCUUAUUUGCACCAAUGUGGGGAAGGAGAACAGAACCUUUUGAGAACCGCGUCGGACUAUUUUUGUUUCUAAAUGUACAGACAUCUUUCUGAGCUACUGUUUUGCAGAUUAUGGCUUCCUUCAGGUUUUGAGGGGUUAUUUGAGUGUGGGGAGGGCUUGGGGGGGCGGGAGUGUCCUACGAUUUGGAGUCCUUGUAAAAUAUCCAAAGAUUCUGAGUACUGUAUAAUCUACAAGAACUUGAAGCAAAAGGGACAUGCUUUCGUUAUGUUUCCUGUUUGUCGGGAUGGGGUAUUGUCAGGAGGGUGGAAGAUCCUUUGGAAAUUUUCUAUUUAUAACUAUUUUUAUGUGACUGCUUUAUGUAAAAAGAAGAAUGGGGGUGGGAUACCAUGUCAAAUAGAUUUGCCUUAGAUAAUCAAGGGACAAUCAUCCUUAACUCUUGUGGACGCUCUAGAUUCUUGUUUUAAAAGACCGGAAAAGAUACUUUUAUGUAUUUAUUAAGCAGUAUUAGUUGAUUUUCUUUUUCUUAAAUUAUUGGCAACAUGCAGGGUGUUUUUUUUUAAAUGCACACCAGUAAAACACAGGGAAGGGAAAGGCUGAUUCACACAUGACAGGGCAGCAAACCUAGGUUUGUCGCCAGGUGUACACUCAACAGGUAACAUAACCAUGGCCGGUCAUGGCUUUCUGACAAAUGUACUUCGAUAAUGCACGUGUUUGUAAGCCUAUGGGUCACAUGUGCUUAAGACAUCUUCAGGGCACACCAAAGAACGUAAUGUGUGAAAAGAUGCUAGCAGGUGUUCCAAACAUUUAACCCAGCCUUCCCCCAACCUGGUGCCCUUCAAACGUUUUGAACUACAACACACAGUUCAAACCCACCCAUGUACAUUUAGCACCGUUCUGUUUGACUUACGGGAUCCCCAGACUGGGCUGCUUCCAAAGGCCUUUUCUAUGUGACUUUGCACCUUAUUAGACUUCUUGAUUGUUAAAGGGAACAAUGGGAGCUGAUUGUGUUGCUGUUGUUAACAAGUUAAGGCUGAUUGCCCCUGGAUGAUCUCAUUUGGGUUAUAUGUUAGCUGGCUCAUGGCUGGGCUCGUUUUUCUGGUGGAAGGGACGUUACAGACCAUAAUGCUCUUGCAGCUUCUUGACAUUUCACUGCAGUGCAGUGGCAUCCCACAAUUGCAGCUGCCUGCUUCGAGGGGGCGAAUACCCCAUUGUGGGCCUGCCCUGCCCUUGGCUAAUUGUUCCCUGUGAUCAAGUACGUGUAGAAUUUUUCCACGGCACCUGGAACCUAGAUUCUGACAACCUUCCGCUUUCCUUUGUUUUAUUUCUCUUUGUUUGUUUAUAUAUAUAUAUAAAUAAUGCAUACUUCUAGACCCUAUGAUUUUGGAGAUACAUUUGAAGUCAUGCGACAUGGACCUUGGUGCAAUGAGCUCUGGUUGGUGCCCUGAUGAGAGAUCUGCUCUACAAAAGGAUUUCAGCAGCACACACACACAUAAAGGGAUGGUUGCCCCCCCAAUGAAGUGAACAGGAAAUCUCGCUUCGGCAGAAGCUCCCUCUCUGUGUCGGCAUCACAGCACACAAGAGGUUCUGGACUAUGGCAGUUUCUGGAACUUUGGAGGUGGGUUUGAAGCUCAGUUAGGCACCUGCUGCAUCGCCGAGCUUCAUCAUCUACAGAUGUGCCUUGCGUUCCAAUUCCCCCGAAGCUAUCCACAUGUCUGCCAUGCAGGUGGAAGCAACUGUGCUGCUGGUUUCUGCCUCUCUCCCCACCCCAACUUCAGGCAAAAACAGCUGCUGCCAGAGAGAUCUGUGAAAAUAGUAGACACAGACGUUCUCUCUCUGGUAAGGAGAAGGGAGAUGCAGCUAGCAGGGUGCAAGUACACUCAUCUUUUUUUUGGGG